GGUGGUGGGGAUGUCAUGGCUCCCGCCGCUGCCUCCGCCGCCGCCGCCGCGCAACCUCCGGAGGUUCAGUUCGCACAGAGGCUGGCCGCCAACGAGAAGCGAAUUCGGGACCGGGCGCUGAAGAAGCUGCGCGGCUACCUCGCUCUCCGGACUCAGAGCCCGGCGAGUAGCUUUAGCCAGGAAGAAUGGCUGAAAAUAUGGAAAGGACUGUUUUACUGCAUGUGGAUGCAGGAUAAACCCCUGCUUCAGGAGGAGUUAUCGAACAAUAUAGCACAACUUACCCAUGUAAUAGAGAAUAUAGAUGCUUGGCAUUUGUUCAUUCAGACUUUCUGGCAGACCAUGAACCGUGAGUGGAGUGGAAUAGACAACCUGCGCUUAGAUAAAUUUUACAUGUUGAUCCGCAUGGUGCUGAGACAGUCCUUUGAAGUACUGAAAAGAAAUGGAUGGGAUGAAAGUUUUACUGAGCCAUUUCUGAACCUGCUAAUGAAGGAGGUUAUUCACCCAGAUAGCAAUGCUCCUGUUGGGAUAAAAUUGCAUUUUAUUGACAUCUAUCUGGAAGAAUUGGCUAAAGUUGGUGCUAAAGAGCUCACCGCAGCCCAGAAUCUCAAAUUUAUAGAACCAUUCUGCAAAAUUGUUGCCAAGACCAAGGAUCAUCUUUUGCUGAAAGUAAUAAUCCGUGGCAUCUUCGAAACCAUUGUUGAUCAGUCCCCGUUUGCUAUAGAAGAUUUAAUGAAAGAACUGAAAGCGGGGAGCGAUGAUGACUUAUCAGAAGAAGAUGAAAGUAAUGAAGGAGAGAACGAACCAGUCGUCAAACACACAGACUUGCCAAGCAAACAUUCCCUAGAUUCAGAGGCACCAGACAACCUUUUAGAAGAUGCAGAUGAUAACAUUGGGCCUGUUCUCCAGUUUGAUUAUAAAACUGUUGGUGACGCACUGUUUGAAUUGGCCAGCAGAAAAAACACGCCUGCUUUUAACAGAAAGUGCCUGUACAAAGUGGUGAAAAAGUUCCAAAACCUUGCAGAAGGGACCUUUCCACAGGAUGACUUCCCUGAAGACGUUUCUACAGAUGAAGAUGACGAUACCUUCAGCAGGAGGAAGUGGAAAAGGAAAUCUGGCAAACCCUUGGAUAAAACACAACCAGAAAAAGAAGUUUGUGCUAGAAACAUAAAAAAUGGUAUUGAGGAAGAGGAGAAGAGCCCAGGGCCACAGAAGAAAAAGAAGAAGCGAAAGAGGAAGUCCAGCCAGAUGGUUGACUUUGGUAUAGCUGCUGAAUGUAAUGAGAAGGGACUGGUCCCUGAGGAAGGAUCCAAAGAGCCAAACGAGGACAGUGAAUCAUUAAAUAAUAAGAAAAGACCAAAGAAGUCUUUAAGCAUGGAGGUCAAUGAAAUGGAUUCUUCAGCCGCACCCACUGUAGGUAUCAGUGGUGAUUCUGUGCUGGAAACCUUGACUUGUUUGGUAAACAGCAUAAAGAAACAGCCAAAGAAGAAAAAUGGCCGCCUGCAGAAAGUCCCUAUAGAAUUCACCCAUCAAAAUGGACAGGCUCAUAUAAGUACCGGGGAAGAUCCCAGCCACUGUGGUAGCAAAGCAAUUAAGAAGAAACGGAAAGCAGAGACUGGCAUGAUACCUGGGAGCAGUUUUUCUGAAGAGGCUGUUGAGCAGCCCAAAAUGGAAAACUUGGCAGAAUCUGGAUGCACAGUGCUCCGAAAAGUUAAAUUGAGGAAAAAACAAAAAUUGGUCAAGAUUAGGGGUUCCAAGCAGAAAAUAAUCGGCUUGAAAAAGAAAAAGAAAAUCAAGGAAGUCCUAAGUUCCAUGGAAGAAGCUGUAACUGAAGUUGAAAACAAAAAGAGCAAAAGCAGUGAAACAGGUGGCGCUGCUGUGCUGCUAAGGAACAAGAAGGCAAAGACGGGAAAUGAUUUUGUGAAAUUUGAAAAGGCAACUCUACCAAAGCCAGUGUUCUUUAGAAAAGCUAAAGCCAGCAUUUCCCCCAUGCAGUUAAGCAGGCUGCAAUCUUCCAACUCCAAAAAGGUCACCUUUGGACUGAGUAAAAACAUGACUGCUGAAUUUAAGACGACAGACAAAAGUAUCCUGGUCACCCCAGAGGGAGCAUCCCGGGUGGCUUUCAAUCCUGAGCAAAAACCAUCUCACGGGGUGCUGAAGUCCCCUGCCAGCCCUUCUGCAGAAGGAACACCUCAAAUGAAGAAAUCCCUUUUAAUGCCAACUAAGAAAAGACCAACUGCUAUGGACUUCUUCUAAGCCGAUAAGGAGAGGAGUAGUUUUUGUACAGAACAGUCCAGUAUAACCAGUUGCUUCUGGAGGUAUUUUGGGAAUCUUCCUUUUCAAGUUAAUGGGAUAAUAUACAUAAGGUUCUGAUUGUGUGACCCUUGAUGCUAUCAACUGUAAUAAGCACCUAUUUGGCUGUACAUUGAGACGGCUUUGUGUAUGCUGUUAACAAAAGAAAGGUAAUGGCACAUGACCUUAGGGCUCCAAUUAUGGAGGCCUAUCUUUUAUUUUAUUUUUGAAAUAACCCUAUCACAUUGUGAAUGAAUGUGUACAGAUUUGUUCUGAACUGUUGUUGCUUGCAAUCUUUUGAUCAUUGGUUUGUUGCGUUGUUUUUCCUAGUGAAGAGGUUUUUUGGCAUUUUUUGGCUUAAUUCCAUGGGAGGUAAGAAAUACAAAACUCCUCUCACAUGCUUCCUGUUACACUUUUCCUUCUUUCCCUUUCAAGCCAUUUCCCCUCAUCUUCCUACCAAAGGGUAUGGAUUAGAAAUGGAAUAUCUGUGUUGAGGUGAACUACUUCUGUGGAACAACCGCCUGCACCUCAGUUGGGUAGCCCACUGCCAACACAUCUCAUUAUUGACUAUAGCCCAAGUAUUCCAGUUGACACACAUUUCCUAAGCACUUGAAAUAGCAUUGUGGGCUACUUCAGAUUUGCUUCUCCUUUUUAUGUAAGAAGAUAUGGUGUGUGUUUAGUAAUUUUUUGCAUUUUUAUAAUGUUCUUAUCCCUGGGCCCUUGGAUAAAGACUAGGUCUUAAUUAUUAUCUUCCCUUCAUUAAAAGGAGCUAGAGUAGUAUGGCCUUUAUUUAUAUCUGAAAGCCUUAAUGCCUUUUGACACAGGGUAAAGAUGGUUUGGAUAGUAAGGUGGUUUUGAAAGCAAGGCCAUAUUUUUAAUCUGCAGUGUAAGUUUUAAUGAUGUUCAUCUCACACUAUGCUAACAUGAUGGUGCCUAUCUCCAUUUUCCUGUUGAUUUCUGUGCAAAACGACAAUUUUUUUUUGUACCAGAUAAUUUAUUUACUGCAAGUUUUAGAUUCGCAAUCCCUUUUUUCUCAAAUGCAGCAUACCAUGAGGACAUAGCCCAGGAAACAUUGUGGACAUGGACACUGGGUCAUGUGGGUCAUUUUUUAUUUUGAUGAAGAGAUCUUUGUGGUAUAUUUCUCUUCUUUGUACUCCAGCUUCAGAAUAAAUGGGCAGUCACUUUAAUUACUAUCUCUCCAUAGUGCUAAUAAAGUUUCAAGCUAAUAAUAUUCUUA